CAUCUGGGCCCCGUCCCUUGUGAAAUUCAUUUCUAUUAUUUUUUUUCCCCUUCCUCUUCUUUCUUUCUGUCUGUUUCUGUUUGAAUUCAAGCUUCCGCCAUCUCUUAUUCAGCAGCGCUGCUUAAAAAAAAAAAAAAAAAAAACUUUGCAGAGAGUGAGGCAGACAUACAUUGACUGGAGCGUUGUACAACUGACAGUGGAAACAUGAGAAGAACUGAAUUCUUGACAACUGCUUGGAAUCCGCUGGGUUCUAGAACUACAAAAGUUUAAAAAAAUAAAUAAAAAAUGCCACUUUGGACAGAGGCACGUUGGCCAGAACGGCAAGGGGAAAAAAUGUAGCUUUGUCCCUAGGACUGGAGUUAUGACGAAUGGGUUGUACUUUGCCUCUGAUUAAAGGUCUGCCCCUGCCUCGCUUGAGCUGUGUUAAGAAAACUUGCCUUGCCUCUUUUUUUUUUUUUUUUUUUUUCUUCAAUGCAAAGCCUGGGAGCUUGCAGGAUUAUCUGUCAUUAGCAAAUGCUCAGACUGGCGCUGACCAUGAGGACUCUUCGCAGGUCGAAAUUCAUGAGUUCGCCCAGCCUCAGUGACUUGGGCAAGAAAGAACAAGCAGCUUUGGAUGAUAGAGGGACGCAGCAGAAGAGAGCCGGAUCCAACGCCACCUGGAACAGCAUCCAUAAUGGAGUAAUAUCCGUGUUUCAGAAGAAGGGACUUCAGGAUCAUGAACUCUACAACCUCAAUGAAGGGGUCCGGCAGCUUCUAAAAACUGAACUGGGCUCCUUCUUCACUGAAUACCUUCAGAACCAACUUCUCACCAAGGGAAUGGUGAUUCUUCGAGACAAGAUUCGCUUUUAUGAAGGUCAGAAACUUCUCGACUCAUUAGCUGAGACUUGGGAUUUCUUUUUCAGUGAUGUCUUGCCAAUGCUCCAGGCCAUUUUCUACCCCGUACAGGGGAAGGAACCCUCCAUCCGACAGCUGGCUCUGCUACACUUUAGAAACAUAAUAACCCUAAAUCUGAAAUUGGACGAUGCCUUAUCCCGGCCACGAGCUCGUGUACCUCCUUCCAUUAUUCAGAUGCUGCUAAUACUUCAGGGUGUCCAUGAAUCGAAGGGUGUGACAGAGGAAUAUCUGAACUUGGAGUCACUAAUUCAGAAGGUGGUCUCUCCAUACCUUGGUACAUAUGGACUGUACUCAACUGAUGCUCCCUUUACUCACUCCUCCUGCAUUCUAGAAAAACGCAUAUUUCGCCGUUGCCCAAAGUCUGGUGAAGUUGUAACUAAGAACCCAGUGGUGAGAUCCAAGAGCUACAACAAUCCGCUGUUGACGCCGGUGGCUGAGUACGAAAUGGAAAACCUGGCCACCAAUGGGACGGGAAUUCGAAGGCACUCCCUGUCUGAGAUGACCACCUUCCUGGAGAUCCAGGGUUACUCCAACCUGACCACCAUCCUGGACUCUAGCUCCAAACUCUCCAUGGCCACCACCAAAACACAGUCUCCAGCCGAAGUAGACAGACCCUCCGUGGGCAACGGACAAUUUUCACCUGUCCACAAUAACAGCGAACCUCAACAAGUACUAUUACACAGCCAGAACUCAAUAGAGGAGCUGUCCAUGGACUCCACGCUGCUUCCUGCACCUUCCUCCAGCCCAGAGACAAUAGUUGAUCAGAUCUUAGAAUCCAUAGACUCGGACUCAGAAGGCAUUUUCAUCGAUUUUGGAAGGGGAUGUUCUAAAUCUUCAGGAUACGGCAUGGAUGUGGGCAGACAGAGCCUCGUAUAAUGACAUUUAUUCUCUUUUUUUUUUUUUUAUACUAUGCCCUCACAUUAGGGGGUGUGACUUUCAGUUACAGAUGGCAGGUUCGGCUAAAGAAGUCCAUAAUAAAAAAUGAAUAUUGUUAGCCCAUAUCUGGCAGACAAAUGCA